CCGUUCAACCAAAUAAUGUUUGCAGCCCUGGCUGUUUAUCGAUAAACUGCUCACAUAACCUGCUGCUGCGGCCCAUAGAAUUUAUUUUGUCAUCCGAAAAGCGCAAAUACCAAUAAGAUGCACAUCACACGCCUCGCCCUGCGCCAGAUUUCGCGCCAAGUGCAGCUACAUCGCAUGUACAGUGCAGCGGCUCCGGCCGCCGCAGUCUCGGGUGCGGAAAAACUGGUGCCUCCCGCGCCGGAAGGAGCCGCCAAGCCACCCAACCCCAAACUGGACUCGAUUGUCAACAACAUCGCCGCCCUCAAUCUCCUCGAGGUGGCCGAACUGAGCACCCUGCUCAAACAGAAACUGAACCUGCCCGAGACCGCAUUUGCCCCACAAUUCGCCGCUGGGUCGGCACGUGCUGCGCCCGCCGAGGAUGAGGAGGAGGCAGCGCCCAAGAAGGUACAGACCUCCUUCAAGGUCAAGCUGGUCAAGUUCGACGAGAAGCAGAAGGUUGCGCUGAUCAAGGAGGUGAAGAACCUACUCGAGGGCAUGAACCUGGUGCAGGCCAAAAAGUUCGUCGAGAGCGCACCGACCAUCGUCAAGGAGGAUAUCCCCAAGGAAGAGGCCGAGAAGCUCAAGGAGGCACUGUCCAAGGCGGGCGCCAUCAUCGAAAUCGAGUAGGAUCGGCCAUGGUGUCUUUGUUUACCCACUUUGCGUUUAGCUGCUAGUUACUGUUUUAAUAAAAAGCCAGGCAACAUUUGCUGUAAACUUUA